CCGGGGCCGCAGCAGCGAACUUUUUUUGUUUGUUUGUUUGUUCUCCUUCUCUCGCUCUCUUUGCGCAGAUUUGCGCCUUGAUUUUUAAAACAUUGUUCACUCGAGACGGAAACGCUCGGAACCGAGUUAAAUCUCUCUCGGUCUGACAUUUUUUUUACCGAGCGCCUAGCGGCCUGUGUGUUUCCUCCUGUCUCUGCUGAGACAGAGACAACAUGGCGCGCGGAGAGUUUAGGCCCUCGUCAUGUGCGCGCGCCUGCUUAUAAGCGACUCGUACCCGUUUUUGUUCAAUCGACUAAUCGUUUUUUUUAAGCAGAAACAAAAACAUUGCUAUAAAACAGUGAUUCUGCGCAGGUUUCUACCUUAUCACUAAUUUAAAAUAUGCGACUUAUUUUCUGUAACUUCACCUGCCUUUUUUUUUAAUAGCGUGCACGUUUAUUUGCUUUCUUGUGUGUAUAUGUGUGUGUAUGUGUGGGGUGAGUGUCACGGCCCUCUGCAGACAGGGGGGUUGGGUAGCGGUGCCGAUUGGUUGCUUCUCACCAAGCAGUCUGGGCUUGUUUUAACAUAACCAGGGGCAGUUCGACAGCAGCACCGCACAGGAAGAAACCAUGUAGUUCAAAUCAGGCGCCMUGUGUGUCUGUGAUGAGUGGACCGGCGGUGUCAGAUGGGGAUUUCCUUGUUUUGGUGUUGAAGAGGUGACAGUUUUCUAGAAAGGGACAGAGAGAGAGAGAGGGCCGCUGAUGAAGUGCCGAGAAUGAGAGCUGCUGAGAGCCCCAGCCUUGGCCUACAAGCUGCAGCUGGGAUUGUGCAGAGCUGCCUCCCCUCACCGACACAACCUCUCGCUUUGUGCCACAUGAUUCUCAGGGAUCCGCUCUUCUCGGUGACCGACCUCCAAAUGGGUAAAGGCAUGACAACAUGAAUCAGUCUUACAGACCGGGUCUGAGGGAAGGUUCAGUGUUUGGUUCGAACCAGCCAGAGCUGAGGCCCCACCACGGCCCCGUGAGCACUUCCUUUGGAAACCAGUGUGGCAUUGUGAAGCGAGUCUCGGGCCAGUCGUCGGCCCUGCAGCUGUCACCCCCCGGCCACAGACAGCCUGCCUUCCUGGGUUACGACCAGACCGAACAAUUCCGCUGCUACAGUCCGCCGAGGAGGCCGCAGCACCUGAGCGCUGCGCUCUAUAGACCUGAUCCAGAUCGGGACCUCCACCCUCGCAAUGACCUACUCUGCACGAGUCCCGUCAGCGACGACGACGACGCUGAUGACAAUGACUUCGAAGGGCCGCUGGCCCAGCUGCCCCCGUCCCCCGGCAGCGACGUGGGGCCCUUUCAGACUCUGCGGGACAGGAGUCGGAACGGCUUCCCCUCGCCUCGAAGUCCCGACAGCUUUGAGCACUGUUCCCCCGUCCCCAACGGCUACCUGCAUUUUGAGUCCACGCUCUUUGACAGCAGUGACGUUAAGGAGGAGGAUGGAGAGCAGGAGAGCGGGGAGGACUUUAAACCUUUCAGCCACCUCCCGAACUCCAGUCGGGACCGGACUGUGUCUGAGAGCAAAAGCACAAGUUGCUCGGGGGCGGACAGAAAAACAUACAAACCUACAGUUUUUAACUUGAUGUCCAAAACCAUUUCUGAACUCAACCCUACACUAAGCCCCAGCGCACUGCCAGAAAUCACUAUGAGAGAAGGCUGGAAUCUGGGUGAGGAGUCGGACAGUGAUGCUGAACUUACCUCUAUUGUCGACCCUGGACUCAUGUCACCAGCUCUCACCAACUCUAAUUCCAACAGCCCAAAGAAAAGGCUUCCACCUGCUGUAAAAUUCCUGGAGGAUGAUUUGGUCUGGGCAAAAUUCAACAGACGGCCCUGGUGGCCCUGCCAAGUCACCUGUGACCCAGACCUGGGGAGUCAUACUAAGAUGAAAGUUCCAAGCUCCCGUCCUUGUCGGCUGUAUUAUCUGGAGUCGUUGGGGGAUGUAGCGGAGCGUUCCUGGGUCCCAGGGAGCGUCAUUCUUCCAUUUGAAGGAGGAUAUCAGUUUGAGGAGCUGCCUGUCCUCAGGCGUAGAGGGAAGCAGAAAGAGAAGAACUACAAAUACACGAUUCCCAAAAGUUUGUCGACUGCGUGGAAAGUCAGCGUGGCUGAAGCAGAGUAUCUGCUCCCUCUUCGACAAAGGACUAGUGAAAGCACGCUGUCAGCAUCUGCAAAUGGAGAGGAGCGCACAUCCAGUCCUCUUCCCGACGACAAGCCGACAAGCCCCUCUGUCUGUGCCCGACCCCCUUCGCCUGGUCUGACUCUGAACAGAAAUGGUCACCAURUUCUCAAAAACUCCACUGUUCCAGCCGGUAAGAGCAAAGCUGUCAGGAAGAAAAAGAAGCGUUUGUCGGACAUAUUUUCUCAUAUAGUCGGCGGUUCGAAGGACUCGGCUGUCUCGCACGCGGCCGGCCAGUUCCACUCAAAAACACGUGCACUGAAAGACGAGCCAAAGGACUCGCCUUAUGCCGACCUGGAUUCAGUUCCAAUGCUGCACCGUCCGAAACGCACGGCGAUUUCCCCGAUACACAGCGUGGACACGUCGAACAGAAACAAUCAAGGAUCUUUUCAAGUAAAAAAACCCAAAAAACUGAGCCAGUCCAGUUCCUACGAAUCUCCCAAAGUUCUUACAAACAAAUCGUCUCCUAAAAAUGUGAAUUCUGAUCAGAGUUUGGCGGCUCGCGUCGGCUCGUCUCACGGUUCGGAGGAAGAACGCUCGGAGGACCUGCCUGCCGGCAGCCGUUUGAGGACGGCGGAAGAGCCGGAUCUCGGCGACACACUGGCCUCGAGCCACAUCCCAGCACCUGAUCCAGUCCACGACUGUUUGGAUCUCACACCGAUUAAAGCUCCCGUCAAAACCGAACUGUCUCCGGUGUGGGAGUCGCUCAGUAGUGCUUUGMCCUUCGUGAACUCUCCGAAGCGGCGCCCGAGAAAACUCAGCAAGAAACCAACUCUCAACGGCUUGAUAGGCAAACCGAAGCAGGAGUGUUUGGCUCAGCCCGUUUUCCAACCUGUUUGCAUCAAGACGGAAAACGUUGCCUCAGAUUUAUCAACUACCUCCCCGUCUUUGUCCCCCGUGGACACUUUUCAGAACUGUAAGGAGCUGUCGUUUAAAUCACUGGUUAAUGAGGACGGCGACUCAGAGGCGGUGUUUCGGCCUGACUCAAAUUAUAAAUUUAGUACUUUCCUGAUGCUCUUAAAAGACAUGCACGAUACGAGAGAAAAAGAAGGCAAACCGCUGCUUCUCCCGCCUUCGGCUGACUUGAUCAAGGAAGAACCCCUGGUGAUCCCCACGUCCUCACAAAGCCAUCUGUUGAAAGUUUCUUGCGAGGCUUCGGAGAACCGAUUAACUGGGCCGUCAGGGAAAAAUGCGCUAACCCAAAGCACGCCGGUGAAGGUUUGGACUAAAGCCAUCCAGGCAGCCAACACCAACCACUUUGAGGACUUUCCUCUUCACUCCGAGACCCCCGACAAGCAGCGGAGAAAACAGAAGCUGCCUGCCAAACUGAAAGUCAGAAACCCAGCCACGGCGUACAGCGGGGAGGUCGGCGGCGGACGCGGCGGCUCGGAUUCUCAUCUCAGUCUCUCCAACAGCUACCUUGAGAGGACCCCGGAAGCGGCGGUGGCCCCGAAGAAGCGCUGGCAGGUGGUGGAGGAAGUCUCCGCCAAGAUUAAGGAGGAAGUUGUGAUCGAGACGAAGGAGUCUUACACCGUGGUGGCGUCUCCCGAUCCUGAUCUGGGAGCCGAGAAACUCACAGAGAAUGACUCACAGUCGUCGGAUGCAAGCAGCGCUGCCGGACAAUCAGAGAACAAACGCCUCCGCAAACCAACUAAAAGGCUCUUGGAGUCAACCGAGGAGUACGAACAAAUAUUUUCCAUCAAAAAGAAGUCAAAGAAAAACCCCUCAGAUUCUUCUAAACUGGAGACCUCAGGGACAACAGCACUUCAUGAACUCAGCGCUGCAGAAGRGACUGAUGCCUCCAACUCUUGGUCAGCGGAGCCCACCGAGGCUCAGGUCCAGACGAGUCCGCCCCGGGACGCACUUUCACUCUCAGAGCCGCCGGUGUCUCCUGUCACGACGCAAACCUGCGGCGACGCAGCCGAGGAAACCGAUCUACCUCCUGAACCGGACAUGGGAACAGUAAUUCAAGAAAGAAAGAGGUCGAGGAAACUGUCCCACAAGGUGCUGGAUUGUACCAUAGAAGAAGUGGUUUCCGCUUCUGGAAAGAAGAGGGAGCAAAAGCGGCAGCUUAGCAUUACAACGGAGGUGAAUGUGUCGGUCAAGAAAMCUCAGUUUGGAUCCAAGAAAGAGAAGCCCGCCCCGAGUGCACCUGUAGUCCCUGCUGCAGCCUCCAAGCCUUCAGAGAGCAGGUCUCCCAGCCCCUGGAGGUGUAAAACCCCCAAYCAGGAGCCGGAGUCGGAGCCCUUCAGCUCUGAAACGAAACAAAACUCAGACGCUGAACCACUCACUCCUAAACCUGAGGGUCUUCCGGCCGCUUUGAACGACAGUUUCUCCUCCCAGGGUGACGUCCGAGGAAGGAUAGGAGCUGCGUCUUCCAAGGAGAACGUCUGUCAGGUGUGUGAGAGGACCGGAGACCUGCUGGUGUGUGACGGCCCCUGUUUUGGAGCCUUCCACCUGCAGUGCAUCAACCUGUCGACGGCUCCCAAAGGGAAAUUCCUCUGUCAGGAAUGUAAAACCGGUGUCCACUCGUGUUUUGUGUGCAAAAAAGCCGACAGUGGGGUGAAGCGCUGCAUUAUUCCGCUCUGUGGGAAGUUCUUCCACACUGACUGCAUCCUGGCCUACUCUGCCACUCAGACACAUAACAAAGGCUUCCGCUGCCCCCUGCAUGUGUGUCUGUCCUGCUACAUCACCAACCCUCUCAACGUCUGCAGCUCCAAAGGUCGGCUGGCUCGAUGCGUGCGCUGUCCCGUGGCCUAUCACGCCAACGAUAACUGCAUGGCGGCAGGCAGCCUGGUUCUCGCCAACAACAGCUUCCUGUGUCCGAACCACUUCACUCCCCGCAAAGGCUGCAAAAACCACGAACACAUAAACGUCAGCUGGUGCUUCGUCUGCUCUGAAGGGGGCAGUUUGCUUUGCUGUGAAGCCUGUCCCGCUGCUUUUCACCGCGAGUGUUUGAACAUCGAGAUGCCUCAGGGUAGCUGGUACUGCAACGACUGCAAAGCCGGAAGGAAACCUCGUAUUAAGGACAUACUGUGGGUCAAAUGGGGGCGUUACAGAUGGUGGCCUGCAGAAGUCUGCCUGUCCAAAUAUGUCCCCAAUAAUAUUCUGAGGAUGAAGCACGACGUGGGAGAGUUCCCCGUGCACUUCUUUGGCUCCAAAGAUUUUGUGUGGACGUAUCAGGCCAGAGUCUUCCCCUACAUGGAGGGCGACACUCACAACAUAGAGAAAAUGGGCAAAGGUGCAGACGCUGUGUAUAAGAAAGCUCUGACUGAAGCUGCAGAACGGUUCAGAGAGCUGCAGGCGGAGAAGCAGAUGAAGCAGCUACAGGAGGACCGGAAGAAUGACAAGAAACCACCUCCUUACAAACACAUCAAGGUGAACCGGCCCAUCGGGAAGGUGCAGAUCAUCACGGCCGACCUGUCGGAGAUCCCGCGCUGCAACUGCAAGGCGUCUGACGAAAACCCCUGUGGCGUGGACUCGGAGUGCAUUAACCGCAUGCUGCUGUACGAGUGCCACCCUCAGGUGUGCACGGCGGGCGAGCGCUGUCAGAACCAGGCAUUCAUCAAGCGCGAGUACACCUCUCUGGAGAUUUUCAGGUCGCUGUCCUGCGGCUGGGGUCUGCGGGCUGUGUCGGACAUCAAGAAGGGAACGUUUGUGAGUGAGUACGUGGGAGAGGUGAUCGACGAGGAAGAGUGUCGAGCCCGGAUCAAACACGCUCAGGAGAACGACAUCUGUAACUUCUACAUGCUCACGCUGGACAAGGACCGGAUCAUUGAUGCUGGACCCAAAGGGAACCAGGCUCGCUUUAUGAACCACAGCUGCCAGCCCAACUGUGAGACUCAGAAGUGGACAGUGAACGGGGACACCAGGGUUGGCUUGUUUGCUCUGCAGGACAUCCCAGAAGGUGUGGAGCUGACUUUCAACUACAACCUUGAGUGUCGCGGGAACGGGAAGACCGUCUGUAAAUGCGGAGCACCAAACUGUAGCGGCUUCCUGGGUGUUCGACCAAAGAACCAGCCACCAGCUGAGAAGGUGAAAGUAAAGGACGGGAGGAGGAGAGUCGGCAUGAAGAGGAAGACCAAACAACAAGUGACGAAGGAGAGGGAAGACGAGUGCUUCAGCUGUGGGGACGGGGGUCAGAUUGUGUCCUGUAAGAAGCCGGGGUGUCCCAAAGUCUACCACGCUGACUGCCUCAACCUGGCCAAAAGACCUGCAGGCCGGUGGGAGUGUCCGUGGCACCAGUGUGACGAGUGCGGUAAAGAAGCGGCUUCGUUCUGCGAGAUGUGCCCCAGCUCGUACUGCAAGGAGCACCGGGACAGCAUGCUCUUCAUCUCCAAACUGGACGGCAAGUUGUCCUGCAGAGAGCACGACCCAUGUGGACCCGAGCCGCUGGAGCCGGGGGAGAUCCGCGAAUACACGCCCGACGUGGCCUCCGUGAGGCCUGGAGCCGCCACCGCCGUGCCCAUCUCCCCCUCGCUGGUCCCGCGCUCCAGAGGGGCCGCCUCUUCUUGGUCAUCGUCCUCAUCGUCCUCUUCGUCCUCUGCCCCCGUCGGCUCCCCUCUCGGCCCGACCGAUUCGUCCAGUCGGGAGCCGCCCCCUCGCCUCUACAUCAACACCAAGACCGCCACCUCCAGCUUCACGCCCUCCAGCAGGUCUUACCUCAUGGACACAACUGAAGAGAAACCUGCGUCCCGGGAGGACGGGGAGGCGGGGGACGAGGAUGUGUGUGGUUUAGAUGAGGAAGAGGAGGAAGACGAUGAUGACGACGAUGAUGAUGAGGAAGAAGACGAUGCGGAGGAGGGUGAGGAUGAGCUCGAGGAGAUGGAAAUAGUGGAGGGCGAGGUGGAUGAGCCACCGUAUGGAGGAAAUCAUCUGGAAGAUGAGGAGGAGGAGGAGGAGGAGGAAGGAGGGGAUGUGUAUGACACUUGGGAUGAGUACGUCCAUGAAGAUGCAGAAGAUGGAGAAGUGGAGGAGUGGGGACAGGUGGAGGAGGAUGAUGAUAAGUAACAGCUCUCUGUAAACACUGACAGAACUAAAGGAGUUGAAUCUUUUGGUACCUACAGUACUUGAACGCAGCACUGCCUUCACUGUGGUACAUGGUUGCCUUCUCAUCUCCAGACUGACCGCGGGGAUGUGUUCUGGUGCUAAAGACAGAACUGUCGUUUCUCUCAGUCUCUUUUUACUUCUGUCCAAAUCUUUUCUUUUUUUUUUGUUUGUGUUUGGUGCUCUUGUUUUGUUCGUUUUGUCUUUUUUUUUUUUGUUCUCACCGUUUACAUUUCUAGGCUUUUUCAAAAAAAAAAAAAGAAAAUAACAAUAAUAUUUGGACUGUAAAAAAAGAGGUGAUACGUUUCGCCUGACCAAACUCACUCAUCACAAGGACGUCUUCUGUUGUCGUCUUUAAUGUUCUCUUUCUAUAUUUCCAGGAGUCGUCAGAAUAGUGUUCUCACUGGUCCAUGUUACAGUUAGGCUAAACAGCACCUGCUUGUGAGAAGUGAAAAACAAUAAAACCCACUGGAAUCAUCAAGAGUAUUGAUGAUUUUCAUCACACAA